AUGCUUGAUGCUCGUUUGAACGAAGCUGCAAUAUUAAAGCGUCUCAUUGAUGCUAUCAAGGAGCUCGUCAAUGACGCGAACUUCGAGUGCAAUGAGGAGGGAUUGAAUCUCCAAGCCAUGGACAACUCGCACGUCGCGCUCGUGUCGGUCAAGCUGAACGCGUCUGGUUUCAAGCGGUAUCGCUGCGACCGUCCAAUGCCUCUUGGUCUCAAUUUGGCAUCCCUUUCCAAAGUAUUAAAAUGUGCGAAGGAUGAUGAUGCGUGUGUCGUCAAGGCCAACGACGAUGCAGACCUUCUCAGUCUCACAUACGAGGCACGAAAUACGGAUCGCAUCGCUGAAUAUGAGAUCAAGCUCAUGGACAUCGACUCCGACUCGCUGGCCAUCCCUGACACGGAUUAUGAUGCUCGUGUUACCAUGCCUGCCAACGAGUUUGGACGCAUUGUUCGUGAUCUCUCGCAAUUAGGCGAGUCCGUGCGUAUCGAGGUGUCGAAGGAGGGCGUGCGAUUUAUUAGCGACGGUGAAGCUGCCAAUGGAAACAUUCUCCUCAAACAGUCGGAGUCAGCGGCGCGUAAAGGAUCUUCGUCAAAGGCGACCCAGGACGACGACGAUAAUGACGACGAUGAGCAGGAGUCUGAGGAAGAGGAUGAAGAUGGUGGGAAGAAAACAAAAUCCAAAAAACAAAAGGUGAAGAAAGAGGAGGGCGAGGACGUUGAGAUGAAUGGUGACAAGUCAGAAGAUGACGGGGAAGCUGAGUCUGAGCAGAAGAGCGAUGAAGAAGGUGAUGGUGAUGAAGACGGAAAGCCUAGCAAAAAACGUAAGAAGGCGCCAGCAAAGGCCAGCAAGCCUGCAAAGAAAGCAAAGAAAGCCUCUGAGGAUGAUGUGCCAGAGGAGGGCGUCAGCAUCGAGAUGAACCAACACGUCAACCUAACAUUCAGUUUGAAGUACCUCGUCAACUUCGCAAAGAGCAGUUCGCUGUCAAACAGAGUGCAGCUCAUGAUGAGUAACGAUGUACCGCUGUUGGUGAAUUACGAAUUUGGGCAGGGGCACAUUCGGUACUACCUUGCACCCAAGAUUGGAGACGAUUGA